CUGGUUGUGUAUUUGUUCGCUGACGAUGACGGAGACCAUCUGAUGGGAACACGAGCUGAUAAGUUUAUGAUAUGUGCACCGGUGGCUUCGUCGCUCAAUCGUUCGCUUAUCAAUCUGCGUCUCCAAACGGCAGGUACGAUUGUCGCUACGAUAGGGCAAUAAUAACACUCGAUUCGCAACCACCCAACCAUCAUCAGUCAAGGGCUUUCUUCUUCGCGUGAUUUUGGAAGACACCGAGUGCAGAAAUAGAAAUGACGCUUCGGGAAAACUCCGACCACGAGAUACCGCCAAACCGAAAGUUUUCGGUUUCGCAGUCCGGUCGGUUCAAAUCACGGUCCAAAAUUAGGCCGUCUCUCAGUGGGGACAUGUUUCGCGCGGAACCGGUCAACACUGAAGAAAUCCAACCAAAACCAGACUCCACUGGAGAUGGCGUAUCUCACCGAACGGUCGGACAGCUAGACGGUAACGGUAAUAGUGCCAAUUCGGGGAAUCACCCACAGCAGAUGCAUCAAACGCAUUCACAUUACCACGACGGCCAUAAUCUUCAGCAUCGACCAACGCGGGAAAUACUGGAAACGUCCCUAUGAACCGAUUCCGGACUGCAUGUUUGGCAGAUCACGUUGUCGAAACCGACGGUUGCACGCUAUUUUAUUAGCUGUCGCACGAGAUGACGAUAGCAUUUCGACCAUUUGGGGCAUGGUUUCCCGAGGUAAAAUGUUCAAAACGAGAAUUUCUAUGCAUUGUUGGAUUCAAUUGAAGUAAACAAAUAGAUACGAGAUACGAAAAUGAUCGCUGUGAACCUUGUCCUUAAACUUUUAGAGCUAUAGAUGAAACGGAACAAUCGAGUUAAGUGGCUUAUCUGUGAUGCAAUGUGUUUGUGUGCAUGUGCUUUGUUUGGUAGGAAACUCCUAGAAAGCAAACACUGAUUGUUUAUUCGGAAAUCCAGUACGGGUUGUGGUUAUUGUGUUUUAAGGUACUUGUAAGUGUUUAAAUAAUAUUUGGUGAAGUACUACUUAUGUUAAAUAAAGAUAAAUUCAUGCUGAAGAAA